AUGCAUUAUUCCCUUAUUGCUCUAAUGGGCAACGAUUAAUAAUUAAAGGACUCAAUCUAUUAAUUAUACUCAGGAAUGGCCUCUUAAGACUAGUAGAUUCCUAUACCUUAUUCAUAUUCAGUCCUGAAUACUAUACAAUAACAUAAAUCCAUUUAAUAUAACAUACUUAAUACUCCAAGUACUAUUAAAAAAGAUGAGUUAAUUUCUAUGUGGAAUAAUAUGAUAUAAAUUUGUAAAUUGGAAAAUUUUGAAAAUUGUAUCAUUUUCUACUGUUUUACAGAUGUUCAAAAUGAUAUAAUUCCAUUAUUGAAUGAUGUACAUAUUGAAAUGGGUUGUCAAAUUAAUUAGAAUAAUAUUCUGCUAUUGACAUAAUAUUAGACUCUAAAUGAUUACGUUAAAAAGCAAGAAAAGAACAAUAAUUAUAAAAUUAUUCUUCUGGAUCGAUAUCAAUUGAAAAAUAUAUUUCCAUUACUUAAGGAAAAAAAAUAGUUAAAUGUGACAAAUAUCAAACCUAGAAUUUAUUAAGGGAACAAUUUAAAAGAGAUUGCAGAUAAUAAAUUCAACAUUAUUUUUACAAAAUGGAAGGAAAUUAUUACAAAAAGUAAAACCUAAGCUGAAUUUCUUAAAAACAUACUUUUAGAAUAAUCGAUUUCUCAAAUUUCAGAUAAAUUACAAGUGGAAUCCCAAUCUCAAGUUUAGAUAUUUAAUUUGGCUGUUAAUAUAAGGCAAAUGUUAGAAGAAAGAAAAAAAGAUUUUAUUGAUAAUUUAAUGCCGAAGUCUUUGAAGUUCUCUUCCUUUAGAUAUUGCUCAAAUUAAAAGUGUAAGUGGUUGUUUUCUUACAAUUCUUCANAGUGUCUAAAACUCGAAAUCCACUACCAUAAGCAGCCUCUUUUAAGAAUGUUUGUCUAUUUUUCAAUUUUUAAUUACCUUGUUAAUGAAUUACCUCCUUAUCUUACUGGUUGGUUUGAAUUGCAUAUCAAAUUAAAAAGUGUCGUUUUUCCGCUUCCUAGAAACCCAGUUAGAACAAUUUAUCUUUUUGCCAUAUUUAAUACUUGA